AUGUCGGGCGGCGGCAGCAGCAGCAGCUCGAGCGGCAGCGAAGGCGGCGGCGGGGGCGGCGGGGUCGGCGGCGAGGACGCCUGCCGCGACUACCAGUCGUCGCUCGAGGACCUGACCUUCAACAGCAAGCCCCACAUCAACAUGCUGACCAUCCUGGCCGAGGAGAACGUGCCCUUCGCCAAGGACAUCGUCUCGCUCAUCGAGGCGCAAAUCGCCAAGGCACCUUCUAAUGAGAAACUUCCUGUUAUGUACCUAAUGGACUCCAUUGUCAAGAAUGUUGGAAGAGAGUAUCUUUCUGCGUUUCCUAAAAACCUAGUUGCGACAUUUGUAAAUGUGUUUGAAAAGGUGGAUGAAAAUACUAGGAAAAGUUUAUUUAAGUUGCGUUCUACGUGGGAUGAAAUUUUCCCUUUGAAGAAACUCUAUGCCCUCGAUGUCCGGGUGAAUUCGAUAGAUCCUGCUUGGCCAAUUAAGCCGCUGCCCCCUAAUGUGAAUACUUCUAGCAUCCAUGUGAAUCCUAAGUUUUUAAAUAAAUCGCCUGAGGAACCCCCUGCACCUAGUUCUACAGUCUGCCCUCCUGUUAUCUCCUCUACUCCGAUUGUUCCUGAAAUACAAAAGAAUUUGACGCAAGAGCAGCUAAUAAGACAACAGCUACUGGCAAAGCAAAAGCAGUUGUUAGAACUUCAGCAGAAAAAAUUAGAACUGGAGUUAGAGCAGACUAAAGCACAACUGGCAGUUUCUCUUAAUGUCCAGCAAAAUACACCCAGUAUGGGUUCAGUCCAGCCACCUUUGAAACCGCAUGCUCCACAGCCACCUCACAUGCCAGUCAAACCUCUCCAUCCGGCUUGUCUGCCACCGGAGAAAAACCGCCUGUCUCCACUUCAAGAUGUCAAAAUGGCCAACAGAGACCCUCGUCUUAACAGAAUGAGCCAACAUCCUCCUCAUUCUAAAGAUCAGAGUCAUAGGAAGGAUUUUGCAAUGAAUCCAGCCAAUCAGCUUGACAAGUCAGGUAAAAUUCUGCAGGCUGAGAAGCAUAACGUAUCAAAGCAAGAAAAGCUCAAGCAGGGUGACAAAAUGCAGAAGAAGGAGUUUGAUCAGUUAGAUGCAAAAUUGAAAUCGAAAUUUCCAUCUCCCUUGCAAAACAAGCUUCUUCACCCUAAAGAUACCAGAAACCAAGAGUGUGAGAAUACAAGAGCGUCUGAGAUGAGCAAAAGAGACCCGCGGUUAAAAAAACAUCUUCUGGACAAGCCUGAUAGUAAAGAAGAUGAUAUAAAAGAAAAGAGAAGAAGCAUGGAGAGAAAAGAUAAAGAAGAGUAUCGAUCUGUUGGCGGCAGAAGUAAAAUUAUUAAUGGUGUUGUCCAAAAGCAGGACACCAGUGUGGAAGAGUCAGAAAAACAGGGUGGAAAACUAGGAAGGGCAAGUACUAGGAAAAGGUCACGUUCUCCUCGGUCUCGCUCACCGUCUUCCCAUUCUCCAAAGCGAAGAGAUAGGAGAUCACCCAAACGGAGACUGAGGAGCCUUUCUCCUUCAGGACUAAAAAUUGGGAAACCUCGGCAGUUGGGGCCCAAGCAGUCCCAUCCAGAAGAUUUUGGGCAAGGUUCCCGGGAUGAAAGGGGCUCUAAUAAGAGGAGCUUCAAGCAGGAAAUGAGGGAUUCCAGGAGGCCAAAGAAAGUGCACGAAGACCGGCCACCGGAAGGGAUGAAUCAGCACUCUUCAAGAGCGAGUUCGGAACCCAAAGAAAACAUGGAAAACUGGCAAGGUUCCAAGUCAAGCAAAAGGUGGAAGUCUGGUUGGGAGGAAAAUAAAAGUCCUCCAUCUGCUGAAGACCAUCAGGGAGCUUGUAAAUCACCUCACCCAAGGCACAGGGACUCCUGGGCGAGUAGCAAAGGGUCGACCUCACCCCGCACGCCCAAGCAACAACAUCGAUUAAGCGUGGAUGCCAACUUGCAGAUUCCCAAAGAACUGACUGUGGCAAACAAGAGAGAUUUAAUUAAGAAGGCAAAUGAACGCCUGUCAUCUGGGGAAAUAACACAAGAUGAGUUCCUUAGUUUGGUUCACCAGAUUCGCCAGCUCUUCCAGUAUCAGGAAGGCAAACAUCGAUGUAAUGUGUGGGAUAGUCCCUCAGCGGAAAAAGGCGUUUUGAAGAAGAAGCCCCUGUUGUCUGAUGCCGAUUUAAUAUACCACGAACAUAAAGCUAAGCUAAAAAGGACACAGGUUCAGCAUUCGUUUCCGAGGCUCAACUUGGAUCCUGAUGAACUUUUAGAGUAUCACUUGAGCGAUACGUUGCUUUCCGGGCUGGAAUGCGAACAAACGAAAAGCAAGCAGUUUAGCGAACGAUCGAGGCGGCAUUCCCCUGUAGGUGGCAGUAGACCAUUCUCGGAUAAUUCAACACACGAUGGUCGGAGAAGACACGAUGAGUCCACCUCUUCAAAAGGUGUUCGAGAAGAGCAGAGGUCUCCCUUUAGCGACCAGUACAAGCGACCAAGAUUCGAAGAGACAGAGAAACACUUUACGGAGAGUUCAGGAUCACGCUUUGGGGUCAUCGAUGGAAAGCCAAGAUUCGGCGCACUAAUGGAGGAGAGGUCUCAUUUUGAGGGCUCUCCGAGGCAUCCCACUGCAAGGCCUGGCGGAGAGGGACAAGCGAGCCAUUUUGAUGGGCCCGCUAAUACAAAUUCUAGAAUUGAAGGACCACCAGCACAGAGCAAUUUAAGGUUUGAAGGGACCCUAGGCCAGCCUACGUCUCAAUUCGACAGCCCCCCAGGGCAGUCAGGAGGAAAGGGCUCUCUGAUGUUUGAUGGACCCCCAGGGCAGAUGGGUGGUGGUCCUCUGAGGUUCGAGGGGCCCUCUGGGCAAGUUGGGGCCGGGUCUGCUAUACGUUUUGAAAGCCCUAUGGGGCAGCCAGCAGGGACGUUGAGGUUUGAGGCACCCACAGGUCAAGCGAUGGGUGGCAUGAGGUUUGAGGGGCCUCACGGCCAGCCGCCAGGCGGGUUGAGAUUUGAAACACCUCAUGGCCAGCCCUCUACAGGGAUGAGGUUUGAGGGACCGCAUAUUCAGCCAUCCUCUGGGAUGAGGUUCGAAGGGCCCCUUGAUCAGACCUCAGGCGGGAUGAGGUUCGAAGGGCCUCACGGCCAGCCGUCAGGCGGGAUGAGGUUUGAGGGGGCCCAUGGCCAGCCGUCGAGUGGAAUGAGAUUUGAAGGGCCCCACGACCAUUCUGUGAGGCCUCACGGUCCCCCCGGAGCCGGACUGAGAUUUGAUGGCCCUCACAGUCAACCUGUAGGGCCUCAUGGUCAACCGGGGGCUGGGCUACGGUUCGAAGGGCCACAUCUACAGCCUGUGGGGCCCCACGGUCAGCCCGCAGGUAAUUUGCGGUUUGAAGCGCCACAUGCUCAGCCUUUGGGCCCACCUGGUCAGCCAACAGGCGGUCUUAGAUUCGAGGGGCCGCACGGCCAGCCCGGCGUCGGGCCUAGGUUCGAGGGGCCUCAUGGACAGCCUGGGGGGUCACACGGACAGCCAGGGAUGGGCCCUAGAUUUGAGGGGCCCGCGGUCCAGUCUGGGGGUGGACUUCGGUUCGAAGGACCCAUCAACCAAGCCGGCCCCAGGUUCGAUGCCUGUCAGUCCAGAUUUGAUGGUCAGCCGUCCCUUUUGCAAAGGCUGGAUGGAUUGCACGUACAGCCUGGUCCGAGGUUUGAAAUGGGGCCUAAUCAGCAGACUCCAUCUCGGUUUGACGGUCCACCCGGUCAGCCAGUGCAGCCAAGAUUCGAUACACCGAUACCUCAGAGGUUUGAAGACCCUCAGCACCAGCCAGCAGCACGAUUUGAUAUCCCUCUUGGUCAAGGUCCAAGAAUGGAAAAUGUAGCCAGUCUCCCGGCCUCAAGACAUGAAACUCCACCUUACGGACAAACUGGACCAUACAACGAGCCUCCCAACCAGCCUUACAAUGGGCCAGCGCAAGGAAUGCAGUUUCAAAGACCAGAGCAGAUGUUCGAUUCUCCUCAAGGACCAAACUUCAGCGGGCCACCCGUUUCCACCGCACAGACCUUUCCUAAUGCACUUAACAGGGCCCCUGGGCAUUAUUAUGAUGACAAGAAUCUUCAGGGACCUCAAUUUGGAAACUUCAGUAACAUGGCGGGAAAUGUUCAGCAGCAAAUUCCUGUUAUGUCAAUAGGAUCUACUCAGCCUGUACCUUUCAGUCAAGGGCAGCCACUCUUACCAGUUCAUGUUCAAAAUCCUGGUACCUUUGUCCAGACUCAAGCAGGGAAUGCCCCAGUUUCCUACACCGAUAAUCACCUUGGACAGCUUGAUGUAAAUGAAUUGUACUCAAAGCUACUUUUAACAGGAAUCCUCAAAGUAUUGCAACCUGAUUCCACUUCAGCCCAAGCCAGUGAAGUUUCCACCCAGCCCACACCGGAGGAAGAGGAGGAGGACCUAGACCAGAGUGAAGAUCAGGAUGUCCCUGACCUUACUAAUUUUGUAAUAGAAGAACUGAAACAACGUUACGAUAGCGUUAUCAACCGGCUGUACACUGGCAUCCAGUGUUAUUCUUGUGGGAUGAGAUUCACGACGUCGCAGACGGACGUGUACGCCGACCACUUGGACUGGCACUAUCGCCAGAACCGCACAGAAAAAGACGUCAGCAGGAAAGUCACUCACAGAAGAUGGUACUAUAGUUUAACGGACUGGAUAGAGUUUGAAGAAAUAGCUGAUUUAGAGGAGCGUGCAAAGAGCCAGUUCUUUGAAAAAGUCCAUGAAGAAGUUGUGUUAAAAACACAAGAAGCUGCUAAGGAAAAAGAGUUUCAGAGUGUCCCAGCUGGCCCUGCUGGAGUAGAUGAGAGCUGUGAAAUUUGCCAGGAGCAAUUUGAACAAUAUUGGGACGAGGAAGAAGAAGAGUGGCACUUAAAAAAUGCCAUUAGAGUAGAUGAAAAGAUCUACCAUCCAUCAUGUUACGAAGAUUAUCAAAAUACUUCCUCGUUUGAUUCGACGCCCUCUCCUAGCAAGACACCCGUAGAAAACCCACUAAAUAUGAUGUUGAAUAUUGUCAAGCAAGAGGUUCAGGACUCCUGUAACAGUCCUAAAGUCAAGGAAGAGCCAGAGGAAAAGCUUGACGAAUGUAUGGCUGGAAGCACAUUGACACCUGCCGAAAUUAAAACAGAACCUGAAAAGGUUGAGUCGGUUUAAACAAAUUUGAUUUUUUUUUUAAUUA